AUGGUCAAUCAACGCAGCAAGUCCGGUUGCUGGACCUGCCGGCUGCGGCGCAAAAAAUGCUCCGAAGACGGCUUGCCGUGUUCCAAUUGCAAGUCUAGAGGCGUUGUGUGCCAUGGCUACGGCCCUAGGCCUGCCUGGAAAGACCGAGGACAGCGGGAGCAGGAAGAGGUCGAGAGACUUCAACUUCGGCGCCGGUCACAGACACGCUGGCACUCGCAGCUUCCCCAACUCUCGGAGCAGCAUGCAGAGCGACAGUCUUUCCAUGUACAGAAUAGUGACAGAAUUUGCCCUUCUCCCGCGCUCGUUUUUGCCUCACCGCCGGAUAUGACGCUGCAGCCGUCGCCGCCUCAGUCGACCGAGGAACAAGACCGAGAGCUGUACGAACUGGCUAUCCUUGAUCCGCAACCCAGUCUUCCCACUCCGAAUACACCAUUCGUGCUGUCAGAUUUCUGGGUCAAUGGCAUGGAGGGGCUGUUGAGCUCGAGUCCGACAUUGUUCGAAUCUUCAGUGACGACAUUGAAUGGUUCAGUUGAGAGCCCCCAAAGAGACAGUGCCGGGGAGAAGUGUACUCGUGCGGUGAUGCAAACAUUUGCCUCGGCUUCGAUUCAUAUGCACACAUUGCAGGAGCGAGAGAUUGAGCUCAUGAUGCAGUUUCUUGGUGACGAUUUCAACAGACUGCAUCCGUGCUACCAAUCUUGGUCAAUAACAGACAGAGCAUGGCUGAUGUGGCUGCUUCAGCGCUCGCCUGCGUUCUUCUAUGCCGCUCUAAGCACGAGUGCGUACUAUGAGUUUCUGAAAACACCGCCGCACCAUGGCAAGCGCACCGAGUAUUUUCGAGAAUAUGAUGGAUUUAGAAACAAGGCAAUAGAACUUUACUGCAAUCUCGUCAAGGUGAAUGGCGGAGGCAAUGACCAAUCACUGGACUGGACUGCAAAAGAGACGGUGAUUUGCAGUGUUCAGCUGGCGAUACUUGAGUCAUUGAGUGAAAAUGUUGACGGCACAUUGACCUAUAUCAAUUCGGCCUCGGACGCACUAGCCAGGUUAUCCGAGGAUCCUGGCUAUGUAGUUGAGCUAUCUCCGAUCAAGUCGGCCAGUACACCCUCGGUCUCUGGUAUGGAGCGCAGAGCCGUCGAUUUCUUCACCUGCAUAUUGAUUUGGGUACACAUAUUACACUCUUCAUCGUGCCAGUCUUUACCUACCGCUGCCAGCCUAUAUCGUCGCAUUCUGUCGUCGACAACAUUGGACGAGACGUUUUUAAAAGUUGCUGGCUUUGAUUGCUGGGUACUCGUCGUUCUCAUGGACGCCGUCGAAGUUGCCAUCUGGAAAGGAGAUCAGGAUGCCAAGAAUAGGCUGAGCAUGAGAGAAUUGGUUAGCAAAACAGAGGCCAUCCUGUCUAAAAUUGGACAUCGGAUCCAGUAA